UUUAUAUAUGCCAUAAUAAUUAUAUAUGACAAUCAUCAUUAUCGAUGUUAUUAUUGGUCUGUGAAUAAUAUUUCAUUUUGACAUUGUCCAGCAUUGACAUUGUAUCAUUGAAAUAUCAAGAAAAAUGGGUUGUUGUUGUAAAGUUACAACAUUAUUUCUGUUGAUCGUUGCCGGUUUUAGCCUAUAUCAAUUCUAUCCAUGUCUCUUCAAAUGUCAUGACAAGCCAAAUUUUGAUACUUUUAAAGUUGAUGAUUGGUUUGGCCGUGUUAUGCUUAAAGCCAAUCAAAAAAUUCCAAAAGAUCCGGUUGAUAUUAAAUCAUUCCGUUUGAAUGUUUCCGAUGCCGAUCUAAAUGAUCUUCAUGAUCGUCUUAAACGUUCACGUUUUAUUGAUCAUUUACAGGAUACACAUUUUCAAUAUGGAUUUAAUUCCGAUUAUCUACGGGUUGUACAACAAUAUUGGCAAAAUAGUUAUCAAUGGCGUAAACAUGAGCAACAGAUUAAUUCAUAUCCACAAUUCACCACACAAAUCGAAGGUUUGAACAUACAUUUUUUCCAUGUUAAACCGAAAACAACGGCUAAAGUGAAAACAAUCUUUCCGAUUCUAUUGGUUCAUGGAUGGCCUGGAAGUUUUUAUGAAUAUCUGAAAUCGAUACCGAUGCUUACCGAACCAGAUUCCAAUGGUUAUGCAUAUGAAAUCAUAUUACCAUCGAUACCUGGCUAUGGUUAUUCUGAACAACCACAUAAACCUGGAUUCAAUAUUCCAGCUGCUGCAAGAAUUUUCGUUAAACUGAUGAAACGUUUAGGACAUGAAAAAUUCAUUACACAUGGUGGUGAUUGGGGUUCAGCCAUUUCAUUGGCCAUCUCGACAAUCUAUCCGGAAAAUGUUCGUGGCCUACAUUUAGUUGGUAAUUUUUUCCAACCAUCAACUUUUGGUGAUUUUCGACGAAUGUUAAUGGCAUACCUGAUGCCUAAAUAUUAUUUCGGUACUGAUGAUUGGCAAAGGCAAUGGGAGAAAACGUUUCCAUUUUGUCAAAAAUUUAAAUCUAUGCUUCUUGAAACUGGUUAUAUGCAUAUUCAGGCUACAAAACCGGAUACAGUAGCUGCCGGUUUAGCUGAUAGUCCAAUCGGAAUGGCUGCAUAUUUAUUGGAGAAAUUUUCGGCUUGGACACAUGCUAACUAUAUGGAACUAUCGGAUGGUGGCCUAGUGGAUAAAUUCACGAUGGAUGAAUUGUUAACAAAUGUUAUGAUCUAUUGGACAAGUGGUAAUAUUGCUGCAUCACAACGAUUUUAUCUGGAAAAUAUGCAAAAUUUCAAAUUUAUGCAAACCUUAACGCAAGCACAAGUCAAAGUUCCAUCAGCAAUUAUUGAACCUACACAUGAUCUAAUGAGAGCACCAAGGAAAUUUAUCGAGCAUUUACAUGAAAAUCUUCUUCAAUUUACCAAUUCGAAUGUUGGUGGACAUUUUCUGGCAUUUGAAGAGCCUAAUAUCGUUGUCAAAGAUAUAAGACAAUUUUCAAAAAAAUUACUAGAAUUUGAACAACAAAAACGAAAAGAGGAAGAACAAGAACAGCAACAGAAAAAACAUGAUGAAGUCUAAGCGAUGAUUAAUCCCGAUGAAAAUAACGUUCAUAUCAAUGUCAAUAAAAUUUUUCCAAAAGUGUUAUUUGAUAUUCAAAAUUUUUAAACUUCAAUAAAAAUUCAAUACAAAGAA